GAUCCAACAUGUCCGGGAGAAAAACUCAGGGGUUCAUGGGAGCCGUAGAUCCAAACGAGAGGAGGAUUGUUCUGGUAGGGAAGACCGGCGUGGGGAUGAGCGCAGCAGGAAACACCAUCCUGGGGAGGGAAGCCUUCGAGUCGAAGCUGUCUCUGUCUUCCCUGACGUCCGACUGUGACAAGGCCAGAGGGUCGGUGGACGGCCGUCCGGUGGCCAUCAUCGACACUCCGGGGUUGUUCGACACAAACCUCACCCAGGAAGAAGUGCAGAGCAGGAUUACGAGCUGCAUUUCGCUGUCGACUCCGGGUCCUCACGCCUUCCUGGUGGUCCUGCAGCUGGGCCGGCUCACCCAGGAAGAGAAAGAAACCGUCAAGAUGAUCCAGACCAAGUUCGGGGAGGCUGCAGCCAGAUACACGAUGGUGCUGUUCACACACGGGGACAAGCUGAAGAACCAAACCAUAGAAGGCUUCAUCUCCAAGACUCCCGACCUGGUCGCCCUGGUUCAGAGCUGCUCCGGCAGAUACCACGUCUUCAACAACGAGGUUAAAGACCUCACGCAAACCAGCGAACUGCUGGACAAAAUCGACAGGAUGACGACGGCCAACGGUGGAAACUACUACAGCAACGACAUGUUCGUUAGGCCGGAGGCCGCCAUCGAGAAGGAGAAGGAGCGACUGCUGAAGGAGAGGGAGGAGGAGAGGCAGAGUUACCCCGCAGGGUUCGUGGGAGCCGCAAAUCCAAACGAGAGGAGGAUUGUUCUGGUAGGGAAGACCGGCGUAGGGAUGAGCGCAGCAGGAAACACCAUCCUGGGGAGGGAAGCCUUCGAGUCUGUGCUGUCUCUGUCCUCCCUGACGUCCGACUGUCAAAAGGCCACAGGGUCGGUGGACGGCCGUCCGGUGGCCGUCAUCGACACUCCGGGACUGUUCGACACAAACUUGACCCAGGAAGAAGUGCAGAGCAGGAUUACGAGCUGCAUUUCCCUGUCGUCUCCGGGUCCUCACGCCUUCCUGGUGGUCCUGCAGCUGGGCCGGCUCACCCAGGAGGAGAAAGAAACCGUCAAGAUGAUCCAGACUACGUUUGGGGAGGAAGCAGCCAGAUACACGAUGUUGCUGUUCACACACGGGGACAAGCUGAAGAAGCAGACGAUCGAAGGCUUCCUCUCCGAGAGUGCUGACCUGGUCGCCCUCAUUCAGAGUUGCUCCAACAGAUACCACGUCUUCAACAACAAGGUUAAAGACCUCACGCAAACCAGCCAACUGCUGGACAAAAUCGACAGGAUGACGACGGCCAACGGCGGAAGCUACUACAGCAACGACAUGUUCGUGAGGGCGGAGGAGGAGGAGCGACUGCUGAAGGAGAGGGAGGAGGAGAGGAUUGUUCUGGUAGGAAAGACCGGCGUUGGGAAGAGUGCGGCAGGAAACACCAUCGUGGGGAGGGAAGCCUUCGAGUCUGUGCUGUCUCCGUCCUCCCUGAAAUCCGACUGUCAGAAAGCCAAAGGGUCGGUGGCCUGCCGUCCGGUGGCCAUCAUCGAUACUCCGGCGCUGUUCGACACAAACUUCACCCAGAAGGAAGUGCAGAGCAGGAUCAAGAGCUGCAUUUACCUGUCGGCUCCGGGUCCUCAUGCCUUCCUGGUGGUCCUGCAGCUUGGCCGAUUAACCCAGGAGGAGAAAGACACCGUCAAGAUGAUCCAGACCACGUUCGGCGAGGAAGCAGCCAAAUACACGAUGGUGCUGUUCACACACGGAGACCGGCUGAAGGAGCAAACCAUCGAAGACUUCAUCUCCAAGAGUCCCGACCUGGUCGCCUUCAUUCAGAGUUGCUCCAACAGAUACCACGUCUUCAACAACGAGGUUAAAGACCUCACGCAAACCAGCCAACUGCUGGACAAAAUCGACAAGAUGAUGAUGGCCAACGGGGGAAGCUACUACAGCAACAACAUGUUCGUGAGGGUGGAGGCCGACAUCGAGAAGGAGAUGGACCGACUCCUGAAGGAGAGGGAUGAGGAGAUGCAGAGAGAGCUGGAGGAGCUCAGGAUGAAAUACUCGGAGGAAGUCUACCGCCGGAAGGAGGCCGAGUUGAACCGGAAGUACGAGGAACAAGCCCGGACUCGCGCGGAGAGGCCCAACAAAUUCAGCCUCUCGCUGACCAUCGGUUUGGCCAAGAGGUACGGCACCGCCAUCGGAUCUGCCGUGGGUGCCAUAGGAGGUCCGAUUGGUUCGGUAGUCGGGGGCGCGGUCGGCGGCGCCGCCGGAGCUGUUGUUGGGGUGAUAACCGUGCAAGUCUCCAAACGCUGCAGUACGCAGUGAAGACAACACGACCUUCCCAAUUCCUGGAAAGAUUCCGCUUAGGAAUCUGUGACUACGUUUCCAUGCAGCCAAUAACCCUUUUCUAACCGGAAUAUUAGCAAUAACCCACUUCUGCACGGCCAUGUAAACACCAAUAACCCCUUUGAAGAACCAGAAUUUGCUCAUAUUCCAUUUUUUUUAAAACCCCAAUAUGACCCCUUGGGUUCCUCCUUUUCUAACCCGAAUACUUGGUCAUGUAAACGCCUAACGGGAUUUCCCCAUCAAAAGGAACAGGAAUUUGUUUUCUGCGCAUGUUCUUUUCGAAUCUUGGUCUUUUGAAUCCUAGAAGUUCUUAUAAACCAGGAGGAGAUUAAUCACUUCAUAAAUGUAAUGAAAGACAUGAACAUUUUGUCAUUUGUAGACGGUAGAAAGUACCGGGAUAGCCAGAUUUACAAAAAGGUGAGCGAAAAGUUGCAUAAAGCAGGAUUUAUACGAACUCCAGACCAGAUCAAGCUCCGCAGGAAGACGCUGAAAAAGGCAACUUCUACUGGGUUGUUGAUUAUCCGCCGUGCUGCUGUUGUUGUUGUUGUUGUUGUUGUUGUUUUGGAUUUGGAUACAGGAAGAGAAAGCAGAAAUGAGGGGAAUUGCCUCAUGAAAUUCUCUGUGCGUCACUGGUUUUAUCCAGAUAUCCUAAAUGAUUACAAUCACCAUGUAAACAGGGAUAACCCUUUCACGCAUGGAAACACAUUAUUCCCAAUGUUUCAGUAACCGGAAUAUUGACCAUAACCCCAAUUUUGACUGCAUGGAAACGUAGUCUGUUUUACUCUGCUGGGAUGAACCAACCCUACUUUUUUUAUUCUGAUACUACUUCCCAGGCUUUUAAUAUCAGCAGACACCUGAUAGUGAUCUGGAGGUUCUGAGGGCAUCAUGGUCGACUUACAGAGGUUCAGGUCUGGACUCCUCCCAUCAUUACUGGCGGUAAACAACACUCACAACUGGCUUUGGACUCCCAUACUGGACAUCUCUGAGGACGACUGUGAAUCCCCUCAUGGCAGAAGGUCACACACCAACAACACUAGCACAACAUCAUGGCAGAGGAGACUAAAGACACUGAAGAAACUACAGAUGGACGAGAAAACAAGACCAAGACUGAAUGAGAGAUGAAACAAGAAGGAAUCUGGAACGGAGUCCUAAAAGAAAGUACUGUAUCAGCCCGAAUAUAAGACGACCCUGAUUAUAAGACGACCCUGUUUUUCAAGACUUUUCAAAAUUUUGUUUGAAAAAGUUUGAAAAAAGACUUUUUGAACACAAAAUUCAAUUUUUAUACAGAAAAUAAUUACAGUACAUCUGAAACAAAUGAUUAGGGAACUGUUGUGUUCUGUAGAAAGGGAGAUGGAAAAUCUCAAGACUUGAUUUGAUGUUAAUAAAUUAUCUUUAAAUAUUAAGGAAACAAAAUGUAUGGUUUUUGGGAAUUAAAAUGAAAGUGAUGUGAUGUAUUUUAUUUUUGUACAUGUAAAAAAACAACAUUCCAUGAGAAGUUUAAGAAAACAAAACAACAAAACAAAGAAUGUCAUCCUUUAAAAAUUGCUAUCUUGAUUUACAUGUGCCAAAAUAGGAGUAGAAAGAAGUGUAAACUUAUUUAGUCCUAUCUCCAUUAACUGAUCAUUUAACCUGUAUUUAUAAAUACUCACACUGUAAUCACACU